AUGAACGGGACUGGACCUGACCGUUGCGUUUGUUCCAGGACGGCGUCGCUGAAUACGCACUCGUCCUUAUCGCAGAUUAACAAAAGGCGGCUGGAGAUCGGUGUGGACAUAGAAGCGUUCCGAGUUAACGAUAGGCGAUUCGAGUGCAUCGGUAACGAGAGCUCAAUGGAUGAGGAGAUUAUCAAUAAGCGACGACGGCGCUUACUGGAGGACGAGCAAGUGGAAGAGACGGAUAUGCUGCAGCACGCUUUUGCAACGAAACUGCCCCACACCAUGCGACAAGCGGACGAAGAUGAUGAAUCUCUCAUUCGCGAGACCCAAGCAGCGCUAAUAACGUUGUCAGGCAGCUGGGGUCGAGAACAGCCAUGUACGAACAGCAGUGACGAGAACGAUGCCGGUAACGACUUUGAGAACCUAUUCGACGACAAGAGAUCCGAUAAGAUGCUGCCCUCCUCGCCGUCGCAAUCCUCGGAAAGCGCGGAAGCUUCCCAGAGAAGUUUCGCCUUGCGCAGCUUGAACGCAGACCACAACUGCGACUCGAACGAGGAGAACAAGCCACAGACUUCAAUGUCCGACAGGGAGAAAAGCGUAGACGACGACGGAUACAGCAGGUUCUCGGGCCGCUACGACGGACCCAACUUCGAUGAGCUCGUGGACUCCUCGUCGAACGAGCUGGAGAUCGACAUGUCGGACGGGCACGACGAUAAAUACGACGACGAAUCGCUCAAGCAAAAGUCCAAGGGUGAAAUGCUCGCUGUGAACAAACAGUCGCUGUACAACGCCUACAAGGCAGCGACGGCGGCACUACCGUUCUCUACGCAGUCGGCGUUCAAGCCGCCGGCCGAAGUGAAGCACAAAAUCCACGGGACGACAUUCCCUAGUGAGCCGUUUGGCGGCUAUUCGAAUGAGCACGAGAAAAGCUCGGCACCGAAGGUCUCCAAACAGUACACAGUGUUGCAACCGGCGGGUGCCGGCUCCAGAGCAGCCACAGCCCUUCAGGAGGCGCGCGCUCUACCAUCCACUCAGCCAGCGCGGGAGUCACGGACCUUCUCGUCGCUUUCACCGCCACCGCCUCGAGGGCAGGCGGUGGGCGGGGCGUGGGGCGCCGCCCUGCGCGGCUUGCGAAAGAAAAAUCGCAACUUGUGCCACGCAGCCACUCUACGAUCUUUAUUUUUUCUUCGGAGUUUUCCGGCGGGGUGGGCGCUACGCUGGGCGGGGCUGCGCAGGUACGCCCCGCCGACACGCCCGGCCUCAUCGAUCGCGCCCCCACGCCCCCCGGCGGGCGAU